UCCAACAUGGCAAGUCGUAGAAGCGAUACAAAACGCCGAGGCGAUGGUGAUAAAUAUUCAGUGUUGCUGCCGACAUACAACGAGCGAGAGAAUCUGCCGUUGAUCGUGUGGCUGUUGGUGAAAUACUUUGGAGAAAGUGGUUACGACUAUGAGAUAAUUGUUAUAGACGACGGAAGUCCUGAUGGAACGUUGCAGGUUGCCGAGCAGUUGCAAAAGAUCUAUGGAGAGGAUAAGAUCGUCCUGAGGCCAAGGGCACAGAAAUUAGGUUUAGGAACGGCCUACAUCCACGGCAUUAAGCAUGCAAAAGGGAACUUUAUCAUCAUAAUGGAUGCAGAUCUCUCACACCAUCCUAAGUUUAUUCCUGAAUUUAUUAAGAAACAAAAGGAAGGUGGGUAUGACCUAGUGUCUGGCACAAGAUACAAAGGAGAUGGAGGUGUCUAUGGGUGGGAUCUGCGACGGAAGCUUAUUAGGUACCUGAGAGAAGAUGUUUAUUUCCCUUUAUUAUUCUCCCUCUGUGGCCUAUCUUCACUGUGGAACUCAGUUAAUGACACAUUAUUACACAUCAUUUCUGACAGUCUGACCCUGCCUUUUUCUCACAGCCGAGGAGCGAAUUUCAUCACACAGGUUCUACUGAGACCUGGGGCGUCUGAUCUGACCGGCAGCUUCAGGCUGUACAAGAAGGAGGUCCUUGAACGUUUGGUGGAGAAAUGUGUGUCUAAAGGCUACGUCUUUCAGAUGGAGAUGAUUGUGCGUGCAAGGCAGCUGGGCUAUACAAUUGGAGAGGUUCCUAUCUCUUUUGUGGACCGUGUUUAUGGAGAGUCCAAACUCGGAGGAAAUGAAAUUGUCUCAUUCCUGAAAGGACUGCUUACUCUUUUUGCGACUACAUAAUUUUUGUACAUUGGUUUCACAUACUAGUCGAUUAAAUGACCUAAAGGUAUACUGCUGUAGUCCUCAGUGGUUCUGUGCAGUAGACAAGUGUAUUUGGAAUCUUGCUGAAUUGCAGAUCUUAUCUAAGGAAAGAAUGAAUGGUUUCAAAUUAUCUGUCCUUUGGCAAGAUUAAUUUUGGAUCUCAGACUGGAAUUGAACAGUUACCUUACCUUAACCAUUACCUUAGGGCCCACUAUGCACCACAGAUUGGCGCUGAACAUUUUGUGAAAAACUUUCUUCAUAAUCUCAUUGCAUAUGUACAUUAGUGUAUUCUUCCCUCUCUUAUCUAUGCAUUGACUUAGUAUGGGUUUGAACCUAAAAUUAGUUUUUGAAAUAUUAAUUAUCGGGACCAAAUCUCAAUGAAUAAUAUAUGAACGCUUAAUUACCAUGAUUAAAUAGUUUAACUCGCAAGUUAAUGCAAAGUGAUCAAUGACUUAAGAGCUGAUUAUAACAUCUCUUUUUGGGGAAAAGGUCUGGAAUGUAACAAAUGUGCUAUCCAUUGACCUAUCAAUGGAACUAAUUCAAUUCUAUUUUCAGAAAUUUGAAAUUACAUGUGAUUAAACCACACUGAUUGUUUUUUUUUCCAAGACAUUUACCAUCCUAUCUCAAACUUGAUUAUUUUUGGGUAAUAGUUAUUAACGUUUGAAUCAAUAAUUUACUUUCAUUGUUAUUAAAGUUUUAUUGUGACCAUUGC